CCUCAUCUCGUCUGUUCCCCUGCGCUACCUUGGGCCUGCAUCAUGUUCGACGACCCAGAGACUUGCAUCCGAUUCGACAUCCAGCACGCCGACGAGGCAAACCUCCUCAACAUCGUGACCCAAAUCGCAAUUGCGACCUACAAGCAAUGCGCCGCCUCGCCACCGCGCGCGCUGGACGGCCACCGCCACUGGGCAGUCCUCCACUACGCCCUCCGCACACCUCCCGCGCGGCCGUACCUGUGGCUCAUGUUCUGGGAACGCGUGGAGCACGCAACAGGCGCAGGCCAGGACGCGGGUCAGAACGCGAACGCGCCACGCGAGGCCUGCCACUUCGUCGUCGACCUCGCCUGGCACAUCCUGCACGACCGCGCGACGAACCGCUUCCACCGGCUCCUGCCCGAAUGGGGCCCGAACUACGACACGGUACGUGAGCAUGGCCGACAGCUCCUCCUCGCGCAGCACGAGCACGGUUGCGAGCGCGCGCUGGCGCAUUUCGGCGGCGUCACCAGCGGGAGCCUGAGGCGCCGCAGGAGCUUUGGUGUGCCUCUGGCUGUGGAGCUCCCGCCUGAGCCGGUCAUGCUGAACGAAGGCAAAAGUUGGGAGUCGUGGAGACAUGGACCGGCUCCGGAGCCAAUACCCCGCGUGGAGGAGCCAAUUGAGUUUCCGGACCAGGAGGAAGGGUAUGACGGACAGGACCCCUACGAUUUACCGGGAAGUGACGAUGAUCUUGAAGGACUCGAUGAGCUAGAAUGGGUAGAGAGGCUGGGACUUGAGGGCUGUCAUCUCGGCGUUUCCUUUUGAUCUGUGGAACUUACUGUAGUUACCGACCAAUACUGAGUGGCGGCUCGGGAUACGACGAGGGCGCAUCAGAUCAUUUUUGAUGCGCCUCCGCCCAUGUACCUGUUUCAGUUUUCUGGCAAUUGUUCGCUUCAACCUCUAAC